GUUGCUUACUUUGGCACUGGGAAAUGUGGCUAUUAUGUUUUAUAGAACAUAUUAAUACACCUCGCUGCAGAAGGUGUGGUUUUUUUAAUAAGGCGUCAAAGCCGAACACAGCAUCAUAGGGACGUAAAAACGAAAGUAAAAGGAUUUAUGCAACUUGAAAAGUCGCCAUUUUAUAAAGAAAGCAGCACCUCCUAAUUAGCACCGUAAGAGGAGCCUGGGGAGGUGGGUGUGGCCUCCGACAUGAAUGCUGAAGAAGGAGAACAGGGGGGCGUGGCCUCUGAAAUGAACCGCCCCCUCAGUGGAGCUGUGGACUCACAGAGCAAGAGUGUCACUGUACAGAGAGCAGCGUCCCCGGUGCCCAGCUGUCAGUCUGUGAAGAGUGACUGGUCCAUGGAGGAUCCUCCUGACUUAGGUGGUGGACAGCCUGUCCCUCCUCUAAGUGUCACUGCACAGAGAGCAGCAUCCCUGGUGCCCAGCUGUCAGUCUGUGAAGAGUGACCGGUCCAUGGAGAAUCCUCCUGACUUAGGUGGUGGACAGCCUGUCCCUCCUCUAAGUGUCACUGCACAGAGAGCAGCGUCCCCGGUGCCCAGCUGUCAGUCCGUGAAGAGUGACCGGUCCAUGGAGGAUCCUCCUGAUUUAGGUGGUGGACAGCCUGUCCCUCCUCUAAGUGUCACUGUACAGAGAGCAGCGUCCCCGGUGCCCAGCUGUCAGUCUGUGAAGAGUGACCGGUCCAUGGAGAAUCCUCCUGACUUAGGUGGAGGACAGCCUGUCCCUCCUCUAAGUGAGCUGCCAGAGCUCCAGUCCAUCUCUGCAGUGUGUGAGCAGAUGAGCCAACAGAGACUCGACCAGCAGUCCAUGAUUGUAGAUUCCUCACCCCUAUGUUCCAAUGAUCAGGAGCUGGAAGCAGAAAAUAAAGUCCAAGAGAAACUGAAAUCCAGUCUGAAGAAGAGGUUUGAGUGCAUAUUGGAAGGGGUUGCUACAUCAGGAAAACAUACCCUCCUCAACAAUAUUUACACAGAGCUCUACAUCAUAGAGGGGGACAGUGAGAGGGUCAAUAAUGAACACGAGGUGUGGCAGAUUGAGACAGCAUCCAGGACACAGACCACACAAGACACUCCAAUCAACUGCAAUGACAUCUUUAAGCCUUUACCUGGACAAAAGACACCUAUCAGAACUGUGCUGAUGAAGGGGAUUGCUGGCAUUGGAAAAACAGUCUCUGUGCAGAAGUUCAUUGUCGACUGGGCAGAAGGAAAAACCAAUCAGGAUAUUCGUUUCAUGUUUUUUCUUCCUUUUCGGGAGCUGAACUUGAUUCAUGAUGAACAUUACAGUCUGCUUGGGCUUCUGCAUGUCUUCCACCCUGAAACAAGAGGGAUUGAAAACAUCGAGUCUGAUGUUGACAAAGUUUUGUUCAUCUUUGAUGGUCUGGAUGAAAGCAGACUUCCCUUCAAUUUCCAACAGAACGAGAUGCUAUCUGAUUUAACAAAGGCAUCCUCAGUGGAUGCGCUGCUGACAAACCUCAUCAAGGGGAAUCUGCUUCCCUCUGCUCUCCUCUGGAUCACCUCCCGGCCAGCAGCAGCCAAUCAGAUCCCUCCUGAAUACGUCCACCAGCUGACAGAGAUACAAGGGUUCAAUGACUCACAGAAGGAGGAGUACUUCAAGAAGAGAUUCAGCGAUGAGAACCAGGCCAGCAGAAUCAUCUCUCACAUGAAAUCAUGCAGGAGUCUCUACAUCAUGUGUCACCUGCCAGUCUUCUGUUGGAUUUCUGCUACUGUUCUGGAGCGACUGUUGGGUAAAGCUGACUGUGGCGAGAUCCCUAAAACUCUGACUGGAAUGUACACACACUUCCUGCUCAUUCAGUCCAACAUCAAGAAUCAGAAAUAUCAGGGAAGAGAGGAGACAGAUCCACAAAAGCUUCUGGGGCUGGAUAAAGACAUGAUUCUGAAACUGGGGCAGCUGGCUUUUCAACACCUGGAAAAUGGCACUCUCAUGUUCUAUGAAGAGGACCUGAGAAAGUGUGGCAUUGAUGUCACUGAAGCAUCAGUGUACUCUGGGGUGUGCACAGAAAUCUUUAAAGAGGAGUCUGUGCUGUAUCAGAAGAAAGUGUACUGCUUUGUGCAUCUGAGCAUCCAGGAGUAUCUGGCUGCGUUGUAUGUACUUCACUCAUAUGUAGUAAAUAAUGUAAAUACAUUGACAGGAUUUUCAAGUAAAAUGUUUCAAUUCUGCAAUCAGUCAAUCUAUGACUUGCACAAGGCAGCCGUUCAGAAGGCCUUGGAGAGUAAGAAUGGGCACCUGGACCUUUUCCUGCGAUUCCUUCUUGGCCUCUCACUGGAUUCCAAUCAGAACCUUCUCAAAGGUCUUCUGACACAGACAGGAAGUAACUCAGAGAGCUUCAAGAAAACAGUCAAGUACAUAAAGAGUUUGGAGAGGGAGGAUUCCUCCCCAGAGAGGUGCAUCAAUCUGCUCCACUGUCUGGCUGAACUGAAUGAUGAUUCGCUUAUGAAGGAGGUUCAAAAGUUCCUGAGCUCAGGAAGUCGUUCUGGUGAAUGGAUCUCACCUGUGCACUGCUCUGCCCUGGCCUAUAUGUUCCUGAUGUCAGAGGAGGUGCUGGAUGAGUUUGACCUGAGGAAAUACAGGACCUCAGACGAGGGGCGCAGGAGACUGGUUCCAGCUGUGAGGUGCUGCAGAAAGGCUCUACUCAGUAACUGUAACCUUACAGAGGAGUCCUUUGAAAUUGUGGCCUCAGCUCUCCAGUCAGCCAGCUCAACCCUGAGAGAGCUGGACCUCAGCGAGAAUAACCUGGGAGAAUCAGGAGUGAAGCUGCUGAGUGCUGCACUGAUGAGUCCAAACUGUAAACUGCAGACUCUGAGACUGAGGCAGUGUAAUCUCACAGAGAGCUACUGUGAUGAUCUGGCCUCAGUGCUGCGCUCACACCACUCAGAGCUGAGAGAGCUGGAGCUGAGAGACAAUGACCUGCGGGAUUCAGGAGUGAGAGCGCUCUCUGCUGGACUGGAGGAUCCACACUGUAAACUACAGAGACUGGGGCUGUCAGGCUGUCUAGUCACAGAGAGAGGCUGUGCUUCUCUGGCUUCAGCUCUGCGUUCAAACCCCUCACACCUGAGAGAGCUGGAUCUGAGCUAUAACCACCCAGGAGACUCAGGAGAGAGAGCGCUCUCUGCUGGAGUGGAGGACCCCAGCUUUAAACUGGAGACACUGCUUGUGGACCAUGGAGGAGAGAUUAGGCUCAAAGCAGGACUGAGGAAAUAUGCCUGCCAGCUCACACUGGACCCCAACACAGCACACAGAGAGCUGUCUCUAUCUGAGGGGGACAGGAAGGUGACACGCACACCGGGGAGAGAGCAGCCAUAUCCUAAUCCCCCAGAGAGAUUUGCCUCCGUACCGCAGGUGCUGUGCAGAGAGGGUCUGUCUGGGACUCGCUGUUACUGGGAGGCUGAGUGCAGUGGGGAGGCUGAGAUUGCAGUGGCGUAUAAAGGAAUCAACAGGAAAGGAGGACAGGGUUCUGACAGUAGGUUUGGACGCAAUGACCAGUCCUGGAGUCUGCAUUGCAGUUAUGACGGGUUCUCUGCUCUGCACAAUAAUAACCGCACUUCCAUACCCGCCCUCUCCUCCCGCUCCCGCAGAGUAGGAGUGUAUCUGGACUGGCCGGCCGGCACUCUGUCCUUCUACAGCAUCUCCUCUGACACUCUGACCCACCUGCACACUUUCCACACCACAUUCACUCAACCCCUCUAUCUUGGGUUUACACUUUGGGUUGGCACAGUGUCCCUGUGCAUGCUGGGAUAGAUCCCUGUAUC